CUUCUAGCCGCAUCGGCCGCCGCCGCCGCCAGAAUACAUUCCGCCCGCCUCGUCGACGUCGUCUCGGGGUCUCGGCGCGUCGCCCGCGGGAAGCCAAGGAGCCAGGAGCAAGCGCCGCCGCGGCGAGCUCGUCAUUCGGAAGGUUAGCAGCAUCCGACAGCCAUGGCGAAGCAUCACCCCGAUCUCAUCAUGUGCCGGAAGCAGCCCGGCAUUGCCAUCGGCCGCCUGUGUGAGAAGUGCGACGGCAAGUGCGUCAUCUGCGACUCGUACGUGCGCCCCUGCACCCUUGUCCGUGUCUGCGACGAGUGCAACUACGGCUCUUUCCAGGGGAGGUGUGUCAUCUGCGGAGGGGUGGGCAUCUCGGAUGCCUACUACUGCAAGGAGUGCACGCAGCAGGAGAAGGACCGGGACGGGUGCCCCAAGAUCGUGAACCUGGGGAGCGCCAAGACGGACCUCUUCUACGAGCGCAAGAAGUAUGGUUUCAAGAAGAGGAGCGGUGCCGACGCGAGCCACCACAUCCUCCUCCUCGCCUCCUCACCACCUCCCGUCUCCUCCCCCCCUCCCCUCCCCUCCCCUCCAAAUCCGCCGCCGCCGCCGCCGGGACGCGGAGGGGCUAACCCUAGCCGGCCCCGAUCGCCACCUCUCCCGUGGGUUCGUUCCGUCGAUCGCUCGCCCUGCCCUGCCCUGCCCUGCCGCUGCAAACGCGCGUCUCGUCUCGUCUCGUCUAGAUCGGAUUCGAUUCGGUGUGUUGCGGGGGGUGUAGCGACGAUGGGGUCGAGGCGGUCGCGGCGCGUUUCGUGGGCCACCGGACCCAGCCUCUGCAAGGUAAGGCUGUUUAUAUCUGAGGAUUCCCCUUCCCAAGCUGGAUUAAGACCGCAAGACAAUCUCCAAGCAAAAGGCUCCACAUCCUUAAUGCAUGCAGCUGGCUCGAGUUCAGAUGAUUCCCUGCCUCCGGGUUUUGAGUCACUGCAGCCAGCCAAUGACCUCAAAAUUGACAUAUCUCAAAUUCCUAUUAUUAGGUGGAAAUGCCCACCACAUAUAUUGCUGAACCCAGAGUGGCAGGUUGCCUCUGGAAAAGAAAGCAGGGAGAUUCCUGUACAAAAUGAGAGAAUGUUUGGAGUGCUUGAGGCUAUUUAUCCACGUGCGUCGAACAUUCCUCCAAACCCAUUUGUUUCUCUUGAUGUGAAAGACGCUCAUUAUGAUGACUCCGAAACCCCAUUGAUUCCUGUGAUCCCUGUCGAAGAUGAUGAUGCUUCAGAUCAGUCGGAAGGACCAAUGGUUGAUCCACCAAACGAUUACCAUCAGUCAAACGAUGCGCCACUAGCGUCAAAUGCUUCAGUUACUGCUGCACAACAGCAUCCUCAUGGAUCCACUGGCGUUGAACCUGAUGUGUUGGCUGCAGCUUCUGCUGCAUACACUGCAAUAAUGCAGAGCAACCAAAAGGGAAGUAUGGUUGACCGAGAUCUGCUUGUUAAAAUACUGAGUGAUCCUGUACAAGUUGAGAGGUUAAUGAAAGAAUACAACCAAAUUAGACAAAAACAAUCUGCCAGUAGUUCUGUUGUUGCCCCAAUGCCAAGAGGUCCACCACCCCAAAUGACAAUGAGUGCCCCUGCUUCAUAUUCCAAUCAUAUGACAACUUUCCAGAACACAAAUUCUACCCUGCCACCUCCACCACAAAUGGCCCCACGGCCAAUGAUGAAUCGACUACCUCAAGGAUAUCCUCCAGUUCCCAUGAAUCAUCCACCAGGCUCUAGUCCAGCUAUUAAUCUUCGACCCGGUUCUAGUCCAGCUAUGAGUCGUCCACAAGGUCCAAGUCCGGUCAUGAGUCGUCCACAAGGUCCAAGUCCGGUCAUGAGUCGUCCACCAGGUCCAAAUCCAGCCAUGAGUCAUCCCCCAGGUUCAAAUCCAGCCACGAGUAACCCCCCAGGUUCAAAUCCAGCUAUGAGUCAUCCCCCAGGGUCAAAUCUAGCUAUGAGUUAUCCACCAGGUUCAAGUAGUCCAGCUAUGAAUUUUUCAGGUGCUCCACCAAGGGCUAUCAACUACUACAAAACCCUCAUCCAUCAGCAUGGUGGUGAAAGGCAGGAAUCACUUGAACAACAUGGAAGGCAGUUUGGAAUGUACCCCCAAUCUGCUCCUCCCCAAACCAGUGGUAUUGAUGCUAUGAAUGGUGCUUCUGUGACGAACAGGGAUAUGAAAACGAGGCCAACGAGACCAUGUGCUUACUUCAAUGGCCCGAGAGGGUGUCGCAACGGAGCUAAUUGCACGUUUCUACACGAUUCAUCGCCCCCUUCAAGGCAGCAGGAGAACGAUUCGAAAAGAUUAAAGUUAGACAGCAGAAUAGCUGGUCGAAAUUGAGCUGUUGGCUGCUACUCAAGUUUUUGACUGUUCUUUGGUUCAUUAUCCUUUUUCCACAUCCAUGGUUCAGUGAAUAUUACAGCCGCCAGCUCCCUGUCCUGUUCGACUCCCUCCCAUUAGCGUGCCUUCUCUCCUUUUAUAUAGACAAAAAGAUGUUCUGGAGGAAAAGGGAAAUAUUUCAUCCUAUAUUGGAGCAAGAAUUUUACUGAACCAGUUACACACCGAUAUCUGUUGAAGGACUUAAAUUGUGGCUAGUUUCAUGCUACCUUAAUGGUGAUUGUUCUUGUUUUGAUUUUCUGAAAA